AUGCGUUUUCUUCAUUGCGCCGAUAACUCCAAACCAAAUUUGGACGACAAAGCGUGGAAACUUAGACCCUUUAUAGAGAAACUGAAAGCUAAAUAUUUGCAACAUUAUCAGCCAGAAAAGCAUAUGAGUUAUGAUGAAAGUAUGAUAAAGUACUAUGGUAGACAUCCUUGUAAGCAGUUCAUUCGUGGUAAACCCAUCAGAUUUGGGUACAAAAUGUGGGCACUGAAUACAACAUCGGGAUAUUUAGUAAACUGCGAAUUGUAUCAGGGAAAAAAUAGUUUACGACAUGAAGUAUACGAAAAGGAUUUUGGAAAAGCUGCUGCACCAUUUGUGUCAAUGUUGGACAAGUUAAAAGGGGAAAAGGAGAGACCAUAUGAACUGUACUUUGAUAACCUCUUUACUGGUUUAAAUCUUUUAGAACACCUAAAAGAAAGGGGCUAUCAGGGUACCGGUACCGUUCGAGAAAACCGCAUGGCCCAAAAUUGUCCGAUGUCAGACAAAAAUCUCUCGCAAAAAAGAAAGAGGGACAUACAGGGGACUAUUGAAAAGAAUCAGGUAUUAUGGUAG